CAGAGCUCCGCCCCAUUCGCUGGCUUUGCUCUCACAAGUGAAGCGAGUAGCUGAGAGCUGUCGCCUGUUACAUUGUCAAUUGUUAGGGGUUAGAAAAUGGCGAAAACGUACGAUUAUUUGUUUAAACUGUUGCUGAUAGGAGACAGCGGCGUAGGGAAGACGUGCCUGCUCUUCAGGUUCAGUGAAGACGCGUUCAACACCACCUUCAUCUCCACUAUAGGAAUUGAUUUUAAAAUCCGAACAAUAGAACUAGACGGCAAGAAAAUUAAGUUGCAGAUCUGGGACACAGCUGGGCAGGAGAGAUUCAGAACCAUAACCACAGCAUACUACAGAGGAGCUAUGGGUAUCAUGUUGGUGUAUGAUAUCACAAAUGAGAAAUCGUUUGAAAACAUAAAGAACUGGAUUCGCAACAUUGAAGAGCAUGCAUCAUCAGAUGUUGAACGGAUGAUCUUGGGCAAUAAAUGUGAUAUGAAUGAAAAACGACAAGUAUCCAAAGAACGUGGUGAAAAGUUGGCCAUAGACUAUGGGAUUAAAUUCUUGGAAACCAGUGCAAAAUCCAGCAUAAAUGUGGAAGAGGCAUUUUUCACUCUGGCACGAGAUAUAAUGGCAAGACUGAACAGAAAAAUGAAUGAUAGCAAUGUGUCAGGUGGAGGGGGACCAGUGAAGAUCACAGAAAACCGCUCCAAGAAGAGCAGCUUUUUCAGGUGUACACUUCUAUGAUUAGGACCCACUGAUGGACUAGAAUGCGCCUUUUCUGCUUCUCUGAAAGCACAAUAUUGCUCGGCCGAAGAAUCUAUUUCCAUUGGCUGCUGCUGAGAGCUGCAUUUCCUCAGCAUCUCCACACCUGAGUCUCCCAGUUGGAUAGCAACAAUAAAAAUGAUUUUGUGAAGUCCCAGCAAGCCACUGGAUGCCUUCGUUUCCUAGUCUUUAGCAGGCAAGAUGGACUGAAGGGGGUGGAGGCUUCAGCUUGGACAUUUUUAUAAGCUGGAUUGUCUGCUUGCAGAGGUGGUUGCUUUUGCUAUUUUGUGUGCAGUAAGACCUACCACCUACCAACUGUGCUUAUUUCCUGUUGCCCUUUCAUGCAUAAUGUUUCAUACAGAUGUAGAGGUAUCCCAGAGGUCCGCUUGUGUUCAAGAGAAAGAGACCAAGCCCAUCCGACCACGGGGAAAUGUGCAGUAAUCACCCAGCAGGACUCACUGUUGCUUUUUGACGUGCUCAAGACUUGCAGAGCUGCAGUGGACACACAUUCUGAAGGCUUUCAUUUGCUGAUAGGUGCACCUACAGUGUAGUCGAAUCAGUUUGUCACCUGCCAUAAGAGGUUGCUCCCUUAACAAGCUGUUUUGAUUUUCUUGGUGCUAACAUUUUUAUAUCUCAUCACAUCAUCAUAGUAAGCCAUGUGUUUUAAAGGACUAGGAUUCAUAGGGUAGGAGUUCUGUUGGGCUGGCAGUGACAGGCUAAUGCUUAUGUGACCGUUUUAGUCUGAUUUCAGCCAUACGCUUGAUUUCAAGGAUCUUUACACAUCCUAAACAAGACGGUGGUUAAAGAAAUGCAGUGACACCGAGUAUCACUUGCUUGGGCAUGUCUGUCCCACCGUUUCCUCUGUCUUUGUUGACAUGUUUAGUUACUUGUAGGGUUGUCUGGUUGGCUAUGUCCUUUAUAGCUUUCCUGUACUGGUGGUAAUAUUGAUGCCCUUUCUGUGUGAUAUCUAUCAAGUUAUUUGUUUAUGGCAAGUAAUGUUCGAACAGGGAGAGGUCACAGAGCAUGCUUAACACAUGGCAUGCGGCACUAAUUUUUGAAAACCAGUGUCUAUCUCCAUUAACUAAUGAAAGUACUCCAACAAGUUGCAUCCUGUGACCUUUAGUUUUUUUCUUGGUGUCUGGUUUGUUGUGUUGCUGAAUUCCAUGAGAAAACCUGCUGAUGCAGCAACUCUAUUAAGAGGCAGUGGGACUUGUGAAGAGGUCUGUAGGCUGCUAAUCUUCGACUAUGCAUGUUGCCUUCUCUGAGGCACUUGUGUUGCCCACUGUAAUCUUUCUCGUUUUGUACCAGUCUGUUUGCUGUUUUUACUUCUGUUUCUUAGUUUUUUGAAUUUGUGAUUGUCUGCUUUUCACACUGUUGCUUCAGUAUACGCUCAUGCCUAGAAGAUUGGCAUUUUACAUUUUGCCUUGUAGAAUUCAUGUCCCACUGGUAUGUUCGUGAACACAAAAGCCGUUAAUGCUUUUUCAUGCUUCUUGGUAAUAACUGCGGACACUUUCAUAGAAGUAUUAAGCAUCUUUUUUAUUAUAUGUGUCUUUGUACUGCCUCCUACCAAAACACAACCAGGAUCCAAAGAUGAUGGUAGUAGCAUCUUCUUGUUUGGUCAAACAUGAACAUAAUAUAUUGUUUUUGAAGCUGCCAUGGUGCACAUUUCCACAUUUGAUCCUCCUAAAAGGUGGUAUGACAGGAAUUGCCGAAAAGGAGGAGGCUAAUGAAGGUGAAAAGAAAAUGUGGUGCACAUUGUAGGAUGAGUAAAGAAGUAAAUUCACCAUUACACUCUGUCUCCUGGCCACACAGAUGUCUUCCAUUCUCUUUCCAGAAACCAUGCACUUGCUUGCCAAGGUCCAGCAUAGUCUACUGCCGCAGACUUGCUCAUGCUCAACUGGUAAGGCCUCUUGUCGGUUUUAUUGAAACAAAACUUUACAGUUACCUCCUCUGGUUCAGUUCAGUGCAGUGUGCUUAUGUUACCGCUCUUUGUAAUUCAAAAGGCACUUUAGUGGUUGUGCAUUUACCUGCUGAUAACUUGUGGUCUGCGCCUUGUCGUUCCCGACUGUAACUAGAAUUAUUUCAUUUAGAUUUGUGCAAUUCGAAGGCAUCAAUGUGAAUUACAGAAGUGUCUUGAGAGGUGUGGUGGCAGAAGUGGGAUCUGUUUUUAGUCCUGGUAUACAAGUGACAAAUGUAGUGAUAUGAGGCCCUUGUGUGUGUGUGUGUGUGUGUGUGUGUGUACACGUGUAUGUGUUUGUGAGCAUGUCAUGGCAGUGAGCAUUGGGACCUGCAGACUUCUCCAUGGUUGGUCUCAGUUCUUGGCCUCUUUUACACAGUGAGUGUCUUGACGCUUUUUUACAUGAGACCCACCGGCCAUCCUCUUUUUUGUUUGUUUUUUUUUUAUACCUUUAUUUUAUGACGUUGGGCAAGGCGAAAUUCUAGGAAAAACAUUUAAUGCAUGCUGUAUUUUUUCUUUGUUUAUGCUGCAAUUAUGUUGCUAAUUUUUAAUGCACUGUUUACUAUAUGAAGUGCUUUUUAUUUUCCACACAGAAGGAAAGAAGAAUAAUUUUACUGUGCUUCUUACAUGCAUUUGUAAUUUUGAAGACUUUAACUUGAUGCACUGUUUACAGACUGUAGAGAAACAAGAACCUUCUGAGCCUGCCGUCUGUGCUCGGUCCGGACGAGUGCACCGUGGCUCAUGAACCUGGUGGAUGUGCAGGCCAUACUGCUGUCCAUCUCACCUGCUCUUGUCACCCAUCUCUAAAUGGAAGGAAGCAUUUCUGAUGGCUUCACAUCAGAGGAUUGACUAGCAGGCUGUUGUAGCUUCUGCUUGAAUAUUAUUUGCCUUUCUUGUAAGCAGUGUUGCACUGAUAUAUAUAUUUUUUUUUAUCAAGCAUAUAGAAAUGUUCAAAGAGUGUGAAGACUUCUCUCUGUGCACAAACGAGGCAACCUGAGUAGUCGACCCAGCAUCCCUGGUGCCUGUGAGAUGGCGCCCACUUGCACAAGAAACUGUUGUGACACUUGGACUGUCACAGUCUCAGAAUUCUUAACCAUUUACAUCUACAAAUCCAGAGUGGCCAAACAUUUGCAGCAGGAAGAGGAACAAGGACGUGUUUUAUAUGAAGCCUGUUGUUCUUUGAGUGAUGAAAAAAUGGAUGAUUGUCCGCACUGGAAAACAAAA